CCCUGUUUUCGAUAACACACAACACACAUCAGAGAUAAACCGAUUUGAUUUUUCAAUGAAAUAAAACAUACAUUUCUGUACCAAAAGAGCAAGGAACCCAAUGUUUGAUAGUAUUAAGCCGUAGGAAGGCGAUUUGCUGUGCCAUUGUCAUCUGUUGCCGACAUUCCCGUGAGCGUUCAAUGUGCUAAUUUCGUCCCGAUUUUUUGUGCAGAAAUCCAGUUGUCAGAGCAUAGGCAAAAGCAGAAGCAGCGGGAAGAGCAGCAGCAGCGGAGCGGUGUCAAUUUGGAACAAGUGGGAGCCCCGAGCUGUUACACACUAACACAACACACACACACCACACACAGUCGGCGAAAAAGCGAAUAAUACGCGAAAAGCAAUAGAAAGAACAUCAUGAACGCCAAAGCUGACGUCAACCGCCGCGUUUUGACCAUUCAAGCGAAGAAGAAGCGCCAUAAGAACAACAAGAAGCGGGGCAAGCAGAAUGGAGUGGCAGCUGGGAAUCCGUCGCAGGAACCACAGCAACAGCAGCAGCAGCAGAAUUCCCAGACUGAAAACUGUGCUACGGCAGCAGCACCGGAAAAUGCUAAUAAUAGCCCCAGUAAGCCCGAACUGCAUCCGUCUGGCAGCGUUGGAAAGGCAUCCGCCGCUGUCGCCACGUCCUUCAGUAAGGCCACAGCGACAGCAACUGCAACCGCCACAUCCACGUCGAGCGGUGGAUCGGGCAGCACCCCAGAGACCCCUAACCACUAUCAGGCGCCGUUGCAAUCGCAAAUGCAAUCACAGUUGAAGAACAAAAAGAGCAAUCACAAUCAGCAGCAACAGCAGCAAAAGCAGCAGCAGCAACAGCAGCAGCCGCCGCGCAGCUCUUCGAACGAGUCGUAUGAGUCGGAGCUAAACAGCGAGAACGAGGAGCAGGAGCUAAAGGAGGACUACUGCAAGGGUGGCUACCAUCCAGUGAACAUUGGUGACCUCUUUCAGGGUCGCUAUCAUGUCAUCCGGAAAUUGGGCUGGGGGCACUUCUCCACGGUCUGGCUAUGCUGGGAUCUGCAGGAAAAGCGCUACGUGGCCAUUAAGAUUGUGAAGUCGGCACCGCAUUUUGCCGAGACGGCCAAGGAUGAGAUCAAGAUACUCAGAACUGUGCGCGAGACGGAUCCGUCCAAUCCGCGUCGCCAAAAGACCGUCCAAAUGCUGGAUGACUUCAAAAUCAGCGGGGUGAACGGCACGCACAUUUGCAUGGUGUUCGAAGUUCUGGGCGACAAUCUGCUGAAGCUCAUCCGCAAGUCUAAUUACCGUGGAAUACCGCUGGCCAAUGUAAAGGCCAUCACGCGACAGAUACUGGAGGGCCUGGACUACUUGCACACCUGCUGCAAAAUCAUUCACACGGACAUCAAGCCUGAGAACGUGCUGCUGUGCGUAGACGAGCCGCAUGUGCGCUCUAUGGCCACGGAAGCCACCAAGCUGUACUGCAUGAACUCCAAGAUGUACCCCUCGCUGGUCAGUCGGGCGCCCAAGGAGUACCGCGAGCCUCAGAUCACCGGCAAGAUGAGCAAGAACAAGAAGAAGAAGCUCAAGAAGAAGGCCAAGAAGCGCAUGGAGCUUUUCAAGAAGCAGCGGGACUAUCUCGAGCAAACCGGCCAGCCCGUGGCCGACGCUAAUGCGUCUGCUGAAGACCAGGCGGACUUUGGCAUUAAUCACAAUGCGGUGCAGAAUGGUGAUGCUGAAAUCUCUGAUGGAGAAGAGGACGUUGACGUGGACGUGAAGGUGAAGGUGAAGCUGGAACAAGAUCCAGAAGAGAACGAUGGCGAUGAUGAAGAUGUGGCUGUUGAGCAGCCUGUGGUGCCCAAGAAAGAGCAGAAAGAGGAGGCCGUCAGCAACCAGAAACCGGUGGAUGACACCGAGAAAACCAAAAAGAAGAAAAAGCGGAAGAACAAGAACAAACCCAACCAGCCACAAUCGCAGCAAUCUCAGCAACCUCAGCAGCAACUGGAGAACUCGACGAGCAGCGGCGACAGUAGCAAUGCCGUGAAGAGCGGCGCCCACACCAACGGCAGUAGCAGCAACAGCAAAAGCAACAGCACAGUUAAAGGACAAUCAAAUGGUGCGGCAGACGGCAAGCAGAUUCCGCUUCGACCCAAACAGGAAAAGCAGCAGGAGCAACAAUCGUAUCAGCCACUGAACAACAACAACUCCAGUUCGAAGCCGACAUCAAACAGUAAUUCGAAAAUCUCAAGCUCUCUCAACUCUGUGUCGAACUCCUCGUCGGCCACUAAUGGACCAUAUUCGGAUCCUGGAGUGCCUCCGGCGCCACCACCGCCCCUGUCGAAGCACAGGCCAAAGCGGGAGCCGGCGCUGGAGGAGUGCAACGUGCAAGUGAAGAUUGCCGAUCUGGGCAAUGCAUGCUGGGUGGAUCGCCACUUCACGGAGGACAUUCAGACGCGGCAGUAUCGCUCACUCGAGGUGAUCCUGGGCUCGGGCUACGACACAUCGGCCGACAUCUGGAGCACAGCCUGCAUGGUAUUCGAGCUGGCCACGGGCGACUAUCUCUUUGAGCCGCACUCGGGCGACACGUACUCCCGGGAUGAGGAUCACUUGGCCCAUAUUAUAGAGCUGCUCGGCCCCAUACCCCGUCACAUCGUGUUCCGCGGCACCUAUGCCCAGCAGACGUUCAGCCGGAACGGGGAGCUGCGAAACAUAACUGGCUUGAAGCCCUGGGGUCUGAUGGAUGUGCUGCUGGAGAAGUACGAGUGGUUGAACAGCGAGGCGGAAUCUUUCGCCUCCUUCCUCAAGCCCAUGCUGGAGUUCGAUCCGGCAAAGCGAGCCACCGCUGCGGAGUGUCUGCAGCAUCCGUGGCUUAGAUAAGAUACGAUGCCACCUGGUUGUUGGUUGCGCGCCACCCAGCCAGCAGCUGAUGGAGCAGGGGCAGUAGGACUUAGAGAGGCAGGAGCAACGUUCAUAGAGUCAUCGGCGUCUGUGGCCACAUUGGCCUCCAUUUCAUCAAUUGCAUCCACAUCGGCGGCAGCUAUGGCAGCGCUCAGGGCUCGCCCCUUUUCGGUAGCACCGUUCAUGGCUGCCUCAGCUCCGCCCACACCUCAUCCGCAUGCGGCUAAUUCAACGUCCACGGCCUGUACAGCGCCAGCCACUCCCUUGAGACGCCGCAUCAUCAACGACGAUGUGGAGCGGGAUGUCUUAGAGAUGUUUGAUCUUAAUGUUUCCCACAUGGAGGAGCCGCAGCCAUAUCCAAAGUCCAAAUCUCAGCGCAUUUUCUGGCGCAAAGCGCUGCGUCGCGUCUUCCAGCGCCGUAAGUGACAUCAGCUGCGGCGUCGACGGCAAGACUUGCCCCGUUGGCAUCGUCCUGCCCGUCGCUGCCGGCGUCGCAACUUGGCCGAGCGUGUGCGUCGCGUCUGCGCCUGCUGCGCCUACGGACAGAUCCUACUGAGGGCUGCCCGAGUUGCUCUGCUCAGCUGCAUCCGUUGGCGAACGCGCGGCAAUAUACGCAACAGCAAUUUCUACUUUAGCAAUCACUAAACAGCACAGCCAACAUCAACCUGAAACUUCAAUCAGCUACCAUCGACCAGCGACCAUCGAGCGGCGACCAGCAACCAACAACCACGAAGAGGCGCCAAAAUACCUGCUACACACCAGCUCCCACGCGAACCAAUUUGAAUUAUAGUUUUUAAUGUAAAUGAUGAGAUAUUCAUUUGGUUUAGUUCUUAGCUAUGCCAGGUCUUAAUUUAUUUCCUGUGUUUCACACCGACAAUUAUACUAUUUUCGUUGGUACAUAAGAAAGUAAACACUGUAUUAGCGCUUACACCUACCCACAAAUCCUGUGCAUAGGACAUGGACAUCACUGCCAGAGCACUGUGCCUGGUCCGUGCUCAUGCUUUAUCCACCAUCUACCAUCCAACUUGUUGGUGUGCUAAUAGACAGAACUCCACUACAUAAAUCAUUUAAUCGCAAGGGUCCCAUAGAAGAUUCGAACGAAUAUAUAUAGAUAAAUGUCUUUUUGUUAGUGUACAUUUAGCCAAGAGGCGCAAUCUGCAUCCGUUGCGUGCACGAACAUAGCGAGUUUAUAGCGAACAUGCAUACAUAGUUAAUUGAACUAGAGUCCAUUGGUCUGCGAGGGCCGAGAAGGAGUUUUUUAUUAGCAUAUGUCGACGGAAAUGUGCAUGGGAAGGCAUUAAUUGAGCUGAACAUAACAAUAAUAUAAACGUAGCUAAUUAGUUUAACCUAACCUCGGUGGAGGGACCGUCUGAACAAUCUGAAAUUAAAUUACGACUAAUGGGAGAAAAAGCAGACCAGAACCACCUCCUCGAGAGCACUAGUAAAAGCACUACC